AUGUCUUCACUAUUAACUCCUGGAUUGGCUUAUGGGGCUAAUGAUGUCGAGCUUCGCUACCUUGCAAAGGAAAUGUACCCUCACCUGCCUUAUGAGGAAGCUCUUCUGAAAAUAUGUCAGGAUACAUUUGUCAGGUUUCCUAGCGAUUUUAUUUCCAGAAUCGCUAGGGGUGCCAUUAAUGAUCCUGUUGUUUUUAUUGAAGGGGUAGGUGAUAUUCUUAGCAGCCCGUUCAAAAAGAUCAUCGCAGCGGCCCGGUUUUAUAGCCUGUACAAGAACGGCGCUCCAACUACCAAAAAGAGCAUUGCUUCUGCGGCUCAACCAAGUGUAUUAGUUGAAGCCUUGAAUAUCGAAACGUUUGCUUUGACUGUUCGGAAAAGCGUUUCGCCUACUAUUCAACCGAGUGUAUCAACAGGAGCCUUAAAUAUCAAACAACUGCGAAGUCUCCUCCCACCUAUGACAGAGUCUAUCUCGGACGCCACGGAUAAGGUUUCCAGAGAAAUUCACGGCAUUCACGUCAUUGGAAAAUCACUUGUGGACCAUCUUAACUACUACGGCAGAUGGAUGCAAACGGUGUCCUGUAUACAGAUUGCACAAGCAGAGCGAGCUAUAGAAGCUCUUAAUAUCAUCUGCAAUCAUCUUGGCGACGCCAACACCAUCACUGUAUCGGGCGCCUCUGGCCCGGAUGGAUUUGCGAGGCCAGUUUACGACUUCAUCUUGAAGAGCAUAUCGGAUAUCGAUCCCAGAGAGCGGCAUAUGCAUCGAUUCUUUGUCUUUCAUCCUGACACCAACUGGUACGGCGCAUUUCAUCGAUUGCUGGGGAAAAAUCGUCUGCCCGCCGAAUUUUGCGCCAAGGCCGACAAUCUGGACACAAUUUGUCGUUUCAUGCAGGAUAUCAGAAAAACAUUGAUUGAGGAGUCAAGUGCUGGGCGGAAGGUGGUAUUUCAUCUUCUGAUCCCUUCAUGGUACACCAUACAUAUCAGAGAACCAUUGCACUUCCCAGCCAGUCUGCACCCGUUGCGAGUGAAGGGAGAAAAGCACAAGGGCAAAGAACUUGUGGAGAUGAAUCUCCCAGCAGCACCUGCCAACAUGCUGAACGGCGUCGCAAAUGUACUUGAUCCCAAGUACUCCAACAGAAUUGCGAAAGCCACUAGUCUCGCUGUAACAUUGCCUGCCGUGGGAUGGGGCGUCAAUGGCGCCUGUCUAGCUUUGGGUAUUGGUUUGGGAACUCUAACGGGGCUUGGUGCUUUAGUCACCGUUCCAGUCUGGAUCGGAACAGCCAUGCCUGCCAUGUCCGUUACAGCACCCGUUAUGCUUGACACCAUUCACAGUACUCUCCGUGAGGGACCAGCUCGAAUUCUAGGUUCGAAGGAUAUCUUGGGUAGGAAUGAAUGA